AUGAAUUCAGACAAGAAGAAGAACUUUGUUAAUGUAAACACUUUGACGAAUGCAUCUCCAUUGGAAGUCAGGCUGAAAAUACGUAGCAAAGAACUUCCAGAUGGACAACCUACAACUGGCAUGUGUGCAGGUUUCACCCAGGCUAACCUAGCUAUUGUGCACCAAUCUUUAGCAGAUGAUUUUGAAAAGUUUUGUCAUGCAAAUAGCGGUCCAUUACCUUUGCUGUACCAAUCCAAACCUGGUGAAUUUACAGCACCUGGUAUAACUCAUAGUGACUCUGACAUCAGGACUGAUGUCUCCAUGUACAGAGUGGUAGAAAAUGGGAAAUUUACCAAGUCAGUUGGAAGUUUAAUGGAUUACAAGAAGGAGAUGGAAGAAAUGUGUACUUUUUAUGUAGGUUGUAGUUAUUCAUUUGAAAAAGCAUUAAUGAACGCUGGUGUACCGUUACGUAAUGUGGAAGAAAGUGUUACUGUAGGAGUAUUUGAUAGUAAUAUACGCUGUUACCCUGUCGGUUCUUUCAAUUGCAAACAAGUGUUAUCCAUGAGACCAAUUCCAAAAAAUUUGAUAGAGACAGCAUUUCAAGUCACACAUGUAAUGAAAGAAGUACAUGGUGCUCCAGCACACAUUGGAGAUCCAGCAAUGAUUGGAAUUGAUGACCAUCGUAAACCAGAUUGGGGAAAUGAUGUUACAUUUAAUGAGGAUGAAGUUCCUGUAUUUUGGUCAUGUGGUGUAACAACAGCAAAUGCUAUUGCUUCAGCUGGUUCGCCAUUGGCUUUUACCCAUUUUGCUGGCUGUAUGUAUAUUUCUGACAGCCCUGCAACAUUGAAUGUAAAGAUUGAUGACAACGACAAACCCAGGGUCAUUACCAUAAGAGAAAAUCCAUUCUUUGCCAGUGCAGUUGGAGAGUCAGUGUUAAAUAAAGUUCAGCAACUAGAAAGUGCUAUGAACGAAGAUCCUGGUAAUCGAGGCAUUUCUUCUCUCAUAGUGAAAGGAGACCUGAUCAAGUCUGCUCUCAACAUAUCUCAUGCAUCUUCUGUUGCCAUAACAACAGGUUUUCCCUGUCUAACAAAUAAACCUGUUCCAUAUGAGAAUGACGGUUUGUCAGGAACUUUUGCCAUGGCAACUAUGCUGCAAGCAAUGGGAAAGCAAGUUACCAUUGUAGUAGAUACUGAAAUGGAAAAAUUAAUGAAUGACAUUGUUGCUGACCUUGUCUCGAAAGGUAUCCUCUCACAACAAAUAGAUGUAUUGUCAUUCCCACCUCCUGGACAGGAAGCAUCAUUGGAGAAUGCCAAACUAUUCUUAAAUGAAGUAGAUGAUUUACAUCCCAAAUAUGGACAUUUAAUAGCUAUAGAAAGAGCAGGAAGAACAAGCAAGAAAGCAUGGAAAACUAUGAAGAAUGUUGAUAUUACAUCACUUGUAUCUAACAUAGAUUUAUUGUUUGAUGCAUCCAAAGAUAUGACAUACCUUUCAACUACUGGUAUUGGUGAUGGUGGCAAUGAGCUUGGAAUGGGCAAAGUACAGGAACAAGUAAUGAAAUAUAUUCCCCAGGGUAAAGAGAUUUCCUGUGAAGUAGCAGCUGACUAUGUUCUUACUGCAGGCGUAUCUGAUUGGGGUGGUUAUGCACUGUGUAUGGCUUUAUAUGCUGUCGGUUUGUGUCCUAUACAUGAUAGAUAUGUCAGACAAAAUAUUGGAUAUCCACGAUACAGUAAAGAAAAAUUACAAGCUGCUUUGCCAACUGUUGAACGGCAAGAAGCCAUGUUGAGGACCUUGAUGGAUCAUGAGAUAGGUGAUGGUAUAUUUCCUGAAUUAAGCAUGAGUAUCGAUGGCCUUCCAUUCCAUCCUGUCCAUGAGAAGAAAAUCAAACAAUUAUGGAAAGAUUUCACUUAA